AACUUAACUAAACUACUCCAAUUAACAUCAAGUAUUUCCAUGUCUCCAUUAUUGACUUUGCUAGCAGUAGCAAGCUCAGCAUUCUUAGCUCUCUUGGUCACUUUCCAUGGCCGUUUCCUCAUCGUCGUCAUCUUCAACCUCUGGGCGGCUACAUGAUGUGUAUAUUAGUGUUCAACAUGAAGAUCCCCGAAAGUACAUCACAGACAUGAUAGAUAAGUCUCUGAUCACGCGUGGAGUCCCCACUUUCAAAGACAACAAGCAACUUCGAAGAAGGCAAAAGGGAACAGAAGUUGGGAAAGAGUUGCAAGACGCUAUUGGGAUGUCAAGAAUUUCCAUAGUUUUGUUCUCUAAAGAGUACGUUUCAUCAAGUUGGUGCCUUGAAGAGCUUGUGCUGAUCUUAGGGUGCAGGAAGAAGUGGGGGCUAAUUGUGUUGCCCAUCUUCUUUGAUGUGGAUCCCUCUGAUAUUAGAAAACAAAGAGGCUCUGCUGCUAAGGUAGUAGGCAUACAAAGGCUUGGAAGCUUUUGGCGAAGAAGGUGGACAGCUGCUCUUACAGAAGCAGCAAACUUGUGCGGCUGGGAUCAUCGAGCUUCCAAUGGGAUUGAGUCUAUGCUAGUUGGUAGAGUUGUUGAAGACAUCAUAAACAAACGAAUUCCGACAAAUCUGAUUAUUUCCAUCUAUCCUCUUAGAUAUGAUAUAUGCCAUGAGUACCUAAAACUCUUCUUGCAAGUUGGGUCGAAAGAUGUCAUCAUUGUAGGAAUAUGUGGGCCAAGAAGAAUGGGAAAGACAGCCAUUGCAAAAGCUAUUUAUAAUCAGAUUUUUUAUACUUUCGAAGGUAGCAGCUUCCUCAGCGAUGUUGCACAAAAUUCAAAGCAGCCCAAUGGUCUAGUUUACCUACAAGAAAAACUCCUGUCUGAUAUUCUAUCAGAAAGAGAUAUAGCAAUAGCAAAUUGUACCAGAGGAAUGGAUAUAAUUAAAGAAAAAUUAUGCUUUAAGCGGGUUUUAAUUGUUCUUGAUGAUGUGGAUGAUUUGGAACAAUUGUAUGCACUAAUUGGAAGUCGCAAUUGGUUUGGAGUGGGAAGUAAAAUCAUCAUUACGACUAAGAAAGUUCAUCUGCUAAAUGCGCUUGGAGUGGAUCAGAUACUUUUGGCUCAAGGACGUCCUCUACCACCGAAUAUAGAGGACAUUUGGGAGAAAUACCAGCAAAGUUGUCGCAUAGUUGCAGGGUUUCAAGAGUAUAUCCAGUCCUUAUAUAACAUGAGAAAUGACAGAGUGAGAUAUCUUGAAAAUUGUUUACUCAAAGAGCGUCAGGAGAAUGCCGUUCAGGCACCACCUACUGGAUGACGUUAUGCAGACAAAUGAUUGAUCAACUCUCCAAUGAUGACACUGGGAAUUAGGCAAGAGGAGACACGAAGCAUUAUGAGUUUUUAAUUUUUAAUUAUUAUUAUUAUGCUAUGGCAGUAUGGCUAAUGAAAGUGGGCAUGGGUUAAGUUAAGCGUUAGAAAGCAAAGAAUCAUUAUUGUGCAAUGAGCUUGGUUGGAAUUGUCCCCAUUCCCCAGUGGUAGCGCUGAUGCUUCUUUUUUGCUCCUCCUCAAAU